AUGGCAUGUGAUCUCAGGACUGUGCCAGCCUACUCUGUGUCUCCAUUGGACAAAAGGGGCAUAAAGCUUGGACUGCCUUUUCUGUGUCUCUUAUUUUGUUCCCACCUGGUCACACGCCACGGAGCCCUGGGCCACUGUGGGAAGGUCUGGCGAUGUGACCUCCCCCUACUCUGCCCAUCCACAGGCACCAUCUGCGUCCUGCUCUCCUUCCCUUUCAUCUUCAGUCCCUGCCUGGGCUGUGGGGCAACCACACCUGAGUGGGCCGCCCUCCUCUACUACGGGCCCUUCAUUGUCAUCUUCCAGUUUGGCUGGGCCGCUACACAGAUUGCCCACCUCAGCCUCAUCCCCGAGCUCAUCACCAAUGACCACGAGAAGGUAGAGCUCACGGCUCUCAGGUACGCCUUCACCGUGGUGGCCAACAUCACUGUCUAUGGUGCUGCCUGGCUCCUGCUCCACCUGCAGGCCUCUCCAAACAUGGGGCCCACCAAGGAUGUCAGUGACCAGCUGGGGGUCCAAGAUGUGCCAGUGUUUCGGAACCUCUCCCUGUUGGUGGUGGGCAUUGGAGCCAUCUUCUCACUGCUGUUCCACCUGGGCACCAGGGAGGGGCGCAAGCAGCUUGUGGAGGAACCAGAUGAACACAGCCCCCUGUUGGCCCCCACCACGGCCCGCCCCUUGCUGCUCUGGAAACACUGGCUUCGGCAGCCGGCCUUUUACCAGGUGGGCUUCCUGUACAUGAGCACGAGGCUCAUUGUGAACCUGUCCCAGACAUACAUGGCCAUGUACCUCACCUACUCCCUCAACCUGCCCAAGAAGUUCAUCGCCACUAUCCCGCUAGUGAUGUAUCUCAGUGGUUUCUUCUCCUCCUUCCUCAUGAACCCGGUCAACAAGUGGAUCGGGAGGAAUAUGACGUACUUCGUGGGCCUUCUGGUGAUCCUGGCCUUUGCGGCCUGGGUGACGCUGGCAGAUGGGCUGGGUGUGGCUGUGUAUGCAGCAGCUGUGCUGCUGGGCACAGGCUGUGCCACCAUCCUUGUCACCUCACUGGCAAUGACAGCUGAUCUCAUUGGCCCCCACACGCACAGUGGAGCCUUCGUGUAUGGUGCCAUGAGCUUCUCAGAUAAAGUAGCCAAUGGGCUGGCAGUCAUGGUCAUCCAGAGCCUGUACCCCUGUUCCUCGGAGCUCUGCUGCAGGGCCUGCAUAGGCUUCUACCACUGGGUGAUGGUGGCCGUGACAGGUGGUGUAGGCGUGGCUGCCACCCUUGCUCUAUGCAGUCUCCUCAUCUGGCCCAUCCGCCUGCGGAGCUGAGCCCCUGGAGCCCCACCCUGACAUUCCCCCAGGGCCUCCAGCCCUAUGCAAAUGAGCUGCAACUGUGCAUAUUCCAUGCCCUGCUCCUC